UGUGUUGGGAGACACAGCCGGUGUAUUUGGCUGGGAUGGGAGGGCACAGCGGCUCUCAAACUCCGCACACUUCCUGCUCUCGCUUAGUUCCAUCAUCAGGGAAGGCAGCGGUAGACCAGAGGAGGGAUGGCGGAGAAGAGCCCUGACCCGAGCGGCUCGAGCGCUCGCAGGUGUCCUGCUCUUUCUCCCGGAGAGAGACUGCAGCCGUCUGCAAGUGGCUUGUCCAAAUGGGUUCGUCUGAACGUCGGCGGCACGUACUUUCUCACGACGACACAAACGCUGUGCAGAGACCCGAAGUCUUUCCUGUACCGCCUGUGCCAGGCCGACCCCGACCUCGACUCCGACAAGGAUGAAACAGGUGCCUAUUUGAUAGACCGCGAUCCCACUUAUUUUGGUCCGGUGCUUAACUAUCUGAGACAUGGGAAGCUGGUGCUGAACCGAGGCCUAGCAGAGGAAGGCGUGCUGGAAGAGGCCGAAUUCUACAAUAUCACUUCAUUGAUUAAACUGGUCAAAGACAAAAUCAGAGAGAGGGAUUGUAAGACGGCUCAGCUUCCUGUGAAGCACGUCUACAGAGUCCUGCAGUGUCAGGAGGAGGAACUGACACAGAUGGUCUCCACCAUGUCAGAUGGCUGGAAGUUUGAACAGUUGGUUAGUAUCGGCUCUUCGUACAACUACGGAAAUGAGGAUCAAGCAGAGUUCCUCUGCGUGGUCUCCAAGGAGCUGCACAAUCAGUCAUACGGCACAAACAGCGAGCCCAGUGAAAAGGCCAAGAUUCUUCAAGAACAAGGCUCUCGAAUGUGAAACAACUGUUUUAUAUGCUCUGGUCCUGCAGUUGCCGUGCAAAACAACACGCACCAUAUCACAUCGAAUGAGAAUUGUCAAGCAGAAUGACAACCUGUUUGGAAUGGAUGUUCUGUUUUGUUUUAGAUUCAUUGACACUUGUUUGUGCCUGCACGGUUAAACCAGACUGUUGUUUCUUGACAUCGGCGGAUAUAUCCGAAUCGUUUGUGUUGAAAGGUAGGAAUAUGCAUGUCAUUAGUAAGCUGAGCAAAAAGGGCCUCAAUCACGCCUGGUCCAAUCAUGUUUACUCAGGGUCUCUUAUCAGCUUUCACAAAAUAUGUUUAUCAUGUCAUUUAUGAAAAAAAAAAAAAAACUUAAACCUGUAUAUUAUGCCAGAAAGUUAAACCUCGUUGUUUAAAAUUAUAACUAAGAGAGUGGAGUUUUUAAAAAAAAGUCAAAAGUAUUUUUUUUGAUUGAGAUUACAUUAUUAAGGUGGAUUAUAUGUAACAUUGACAGGUGAGGGACGGUGGAUUUUUAUAGCAAGGACUUUUUGCUUUAGCUUGUUUGUAAGAACAGAUGGGAUUAUGAUUCUUUUUUUUUUUUUUUUUGACUCGCAUAGUGUUAGUUUUAUACCAGAAGGGUGAAAGAACAUCCGUAACAGUUUGCCUCAAAGUUUCCUCACGUUUUGUGAGGUUUUACUGUUGCUGCCUUGAGUUGGUUAAAAACAGAACAGUCUUCCAUCCCCACAUUCAUUCCACUUGGACUUUGGAUAAACUGGAACUAUUUUUAACAUUUUUGGGGGUGAAAAACACCUAACGCUGUUGACUUUGUGACAGAGCUAGAUUUGGUUUAAUUGGAGAAUUAAGGCGAAGCCACGAAAGGCAUUCGGUCUGAUUUGUUUUGGCAAUACCGUUUCGAACAACGCUUUAUUUACAUGACAGCGACUGUUAAUUAGUGGCGUUGUAGGGCUUAUGUUGUUGACACUUUGGUAAGAGACGGAGACAGAAUGGGCACUUCUAGAAGAGUGAAAAAAAAUUCACAUCUACAUAGUUUAACACUGCAGUUCUUGCUUUGCUUCGGUUCAACUUUUUGAAAGUUGAUUCCAAAUAUACAUAAUCCAGUAGUUUAUUUAAAAACAUUUCGACAAUGUUGCCUUUAAUGAACCUACACAAGAUCUGAAUUUACUGAAUUGUGGUCAGGGAAAUAACACAUCACUUUGCUAGGCUUCGAGUAUAUCUAUUUGACAACCUGUAUAUAGACUAAAGAGCAUCAUAUUCAGUGCAUGUUAUUUUUCCUAAUCCUCUCUCACACACACACAAAGGGCUUUUACUAGUGGAAUACAAGCUAUAAUUUUUUGCAGAGAUUCAUCCGAUCUCUUAAUAUUGCCUGAUCGAGGCGAAGUUUACAUGGCUAGUGUUUUAUAAACAAUAAUACUACACGUUUACUUACCUUGACUAUGUGACAUCACAUUCUAGUUUGGUUUCAAGACCUGUAUGUUUACAUAUCCUCUCUGUUACCUAGUUAGUUAACGUCAGCCUUGCGUCUUAGCAGCUAGAGAGGAGGUUUGGAUUCGUUGAAACGUGCCUCUGUUAUGGCCUCAGAGGCUCCAGACAGUGCACUGAAAGCGCCCAUCGUCCAGGUCGUGACACUGGAGAGUGAGGGUCAUCACUGUGUAGGGCGCUGCAGCCCUUAAAGCCCCCUUUUUUUUUUAUGUCCUGCCUCCAAGUUCUUGGUGGAGAAAGUAGGAUGCGCACACUGAUGCACCGAUCUCACUUCUCCUUUGUCUGCUGGACUUUGUCAGCCACGGUCUACAUUUCAGUUGCCUGUUUACUUAAACUUGUUUCUGAUGUGCCCCGGUGAGUUUGUUUUUUAUUUUUAUUAUAGCGUGCAAUCUGCAAAAUGUAUUUUGAAAACGGGCAAAAUCUGACUGAAUUGUCUUUUGCUCCACUUUGUCACUGCUGUUCCUAUACUUAUUAUUAUCCUAUAACAUGUUUUUGUAUUUGUAUUUUUUUAUGCUUACAAUUUGUGUAUUCACAUAGUAUAUUAUAUAUGUAAUUGCAAGUUACGACUGGGGAAAAUGUAUAUGAUGGUAAUGCUAGAACCUGGUCAAACUAAAUAAACACUUUUGAAUUCUGAAA